GAAAACAAGAAACAAGAAAGAAUGUUGGUUCUUUAGCGGUGACUCUCAAUGAACUACCUACUUUCAGCUCACUCUCUUCUCUAUCUACAUACACUACAGUAACUCACUUUCCCCUUCCUUAGCACCCACAAAAAACACACACACACUUCACAAAUCUUAGCUCAUUUUCCUCCAUGGCAGAAACAUGGGGUUUACUCAUUGAGCUCAAAGUUUCAAUCUUCUUGCUAUUCUUGUUGUUUUCCCCUUUCUUGAACCCACUUAAUGCAAGCGGGGUUGUGAAUCUUGAACCUGUAAACAGUGACAUGUCUUUGCUUUUGCACUUCAAGUUACACUUCCAAGACAACAACCCUUUGUUAUCAAGUUGGGAUGUUAAUGUUCCUGUUUCAAACUGGACUGGUGUAACCCGGUCCAACCAGACAGGCCGAGUUACUGGACUCAACCUCACUCAUUUCAACUUAUCAGGGCAGGUUCAUCCUUGUUUGUGUAAUCUCACUUUUCUUGAAACACUUGUGUUGUCUCAUAAUAGCUUUAAUAGUGAAAUACCAUCUUGUUUAUGGAAGUUGUGGAGUCUUAGGAGUUUAGAUCUUAGCUAUAAUAUGUUCACUGAUGUUAAUCUUCCUAGUAGUAGUACAUUUGCACCUAUGAGCCAGUUAAUUGAGCUUGACCUUAGUCAUAACAUGUUGAGUGGUGAAAUAGGGAAUUUUACCCAUUUCUCAAUAGCACUUGAAAAACUGAACUUGGGUUUUAACAGUUUUAAUGGGGAUAUACCUAAGAGCUUGUUAAACUUGAUGUCUUUGAAGUAUCUGGAUUUGUCUCAAAAUAGUUUAACAGGAAAUGUGGGUGAUUUUCGCCAAGCGUUGGUGACGCUUAACCUUGAGUCUAAUUUGUUAUCGGGUACUUUGCCUUGUCUAUAUUCGUCAAGGGAAUCGCUUACCGUUCUCAAUUUAGCAAACAAUUCGAUUCUUGGAGGUAUACCGACAUGUAUCUCCAGUCUUGGGGGUUUGACACAGCUCAACUUGUCACAUAAUGAAUUGCGAUAUGGUAUCUCGCCAAGACUGGUUUUUUCGGAGAGGUUGUGUAUGUUGGACUUGAGUUAUAACGAGCUAUCGGGGAGGAUUCCAAGUAGGAUUGUCGAGGCAUCAGAGAAGUCUGGACUUCUACUUCUUGACCUUUCUCAUAAUCGGUUCUCUGGUGAUAUUCCUGUAACAAUAACAGAAUUGAAGAGUUUGCAAGCAUUGUUUCUGUCUUACAAUCUUCUUACGGGCAAAAUACCAGAAAGGAUUGGUAAUUUGACCUAUCUACAAGUGAUUGAUCUCUCACAUAACUUCCUCACUGGCUCGAUCCCUUUGAACAUUGUAGGUUGUUUCCAACUAUUGGCACUGAUACUAAACAGUAAUAAUCUUUCCGGUGAAAUUCAGCCUGUUCUUGACGCGUUGGAUAGUCUAAAGAUAUUUGAUAUUGGAAACAACAAGAUUUCUGGUGAGAUCCCACUGACAUUGGCAGGGUGCAAGUCCUUGGAAGUUGUUGAUUUGAGCUCUAACAAUCUCUCAGGAUCUCUAAAUGAUGCAAUAACCAAAUGGUCGAACCUCAAAUUCCUUUCCCUUUCUCGGAACAAGUUCAGUGGAUCUCUGCCAACUUGGUUGUUUACAUUUCAGGCUAUUCAUACUUUGGAUUUUUCUGGAAACAAGUUCUCAGGAUAUAUACCGGAUGGUAACUUUAACACUAGUCCAAAUUUCUACAAUGGCGACAUUGGAAAAACCAUUGGCGCAGCACCAUCAAUUUCAGCUCGAAGCCUAGAUAUCAAACUUUCCCUUGUUGCUGAUGGAACUAGUUUGAGCUUCAACUAUAACCUCACAACCACAAUUGGAAUUGAUCUGUCUGAAAAUUUGCUUCAUGGCGAAAUUCCGGAGGGUCUGUUCGGAUUACAUGGUUUGGAAUACCUUAAUUUGUCAUACAAUUUUCUUGAUGGUCCGGUUCCCGGGAGUUUAGGCAAGUUGCAGAAGCUAACGGUGCUUGAUUUGUCACAUAAUUCUUUAUCUGGCCACAUCCCUGAAAAUAUUACUGUCCUAAGAAAUUUGACAGUUUUAAAUCUGUCAUAUAAUUUCUUCUCUGGUGUUGUUCCUACAAAGCGGGGUUAUUCAAAAUUUCCCGGAGCAUUUGCUGGCAAUCCAAACCUAUGUAUGGAAUCAUCCGGUAAUGUCUGUCAGAGAACUUUUCCAGUAGAGCCAGGGAAGAAAUAUGAAGAGGAAAUGGAAGAGGGACCAUUGUCAGUUUGGGUUUUCUGUAUAAGUGCUUUAGUUAGUUUCUAUGUUGGCGUCGUUGCUUUAUUUUGUUCAUCUCGAACAAGAAGCUGUAUUCUGCAGACAAAAAGUUUAGCAGGUUGAAAGUGAAAAGAGAUCAUUGUACAGCAACUUAUGAAUUGUAUCAUAUAGCAAAAACUGCUUCAAGCAUGUCUUGUUUACUAACCAGCCCUUUGUUUUUAGUAGUUAACUAUGGUUCAUGUUGAUUUAGUCCUUGGAACAGCUUGUAUCGUAUUGGUUUCAUCGAGAAAUCAGCAAGGAACCGAUGCCACUAACAGUUAGUUUCUCUUUGAACUUAAUGUUCAGAGUUGUGUGUUAAUUAGCACAUGAAAUCUUAGAGCUGUUGGAGUUGUAAUGUUAUUUGAAGCAAAAAUCAAGUAUGCAAAAUUCUAUGAAACUAUAUAUUUGACUUGGA